GCGUCCCCGUCCUGGUGAUCACGCCCAGAUCAAAUCCUAUUCAAAUUUGGAGCGCAAUAUGGCUGAAGAGAAGAGCCGUCCGCGGCUGAACGAGCGGAUCAUGUCGUCCCUCUCAAAGCGGUCGGUCGCUGCGCAUUCCUGGCAUGACCUUGAGAUAGGACCUGGAGCCCCUGCUGUUUUCAAUUGUGUUGUUGAGAUCACAAAGGGCAGUAAAGUGAAAUAUGAGCUAGACAAGAAGACCGGAAUGAUCAAGGUUGACAGGGUGCUAUACUCAUCAGUGGUCUACCCACACAACUACGGUUUCAUUCCACGAACAUUGUGUGAAGACGGAGAUCCAAUGGAUGUGCUGGUGUUGAUGCAGGAACCGGUGAUACCUGGCUGUUUUCUUCGGGCAAGGGCCAUCGGCCUUAUGCCCAUGAUUGAUCAGGGUGAGAAAGAUGAUAAGAUAAUUGCAGUUUGUGUUGACGAUCCUGAGUACCGCCACUUAACCGAUCUCAAGGAGCUUUCUCCGCACCGCCUUAAUGAAAUCCGUCGCUUCUUUGAAGACUACAAGAAGAACGAGAACAAGGAGGUUGCUGUGAACGAUUUCUUGCCACCAACUACUUCCCUGGAGGCCAUUCAACACUCAAUGGACCUGUACGCUGAAUACAUCCUGCACAGUUUGAGGCGCUAGAUCUGGUUUCCAGAUGGAACAGUCCCUCUCCUGGUCUCAGGGGGAAAAAAAAUAAGCAAUAACCGAUCAGCCUCCUGGCUUUGUUUCAGGAGCCGUUUUGCGGUAUAUAUAACUUGAUCAAGGGAUAAUGUGAUUCUUCUGCAAGUUACUGCAUAUAAUAUGCUAACCAUGAGAUAUAUAUUGUCUACUUCUGUACAUUUUUGUGGAAUAUUUGAGUCAACGAUUGGAGUCUCUUCUUGCUUUCUGUC